UAUCCCAAAUUUAUCAUAGUUUAUGUCGGAAUAGUGACGUGUCUACCGUCGUGUCAAGUUUUAAGAGUUUCAAGAAAACUACUAAUGUUAUAAGCUUUUAAUUUGUGUUUCAAAUAAUUGUAAAAGAUGCUGACGAAGUUUGAGACAAAGUCUGCACGAGUGAAAGGCUUGUCCUUUCAUCCAAAACGUCCCUGGGUGCUCGCAAGCUUACACAAUGGAGUCAUUCAAUUAUGGGACUAUCGUAUGUGCACCUUGCUCGACAAGUUCGACGAGCACGACGGGCCCGUUCGGGGUAUAUGUUUCCACAAUCAACAGCCUUUGUUCGUUUCCGGCGGCGAUGAUUACAAAAUCAAGGUGUGGAACUACAAGCAGCGAAGAUGCAUCUUCACCCUGCUCGGUCAUCUGGAUUACAUCAGAGCCACUGUGUUCCAUCACGAGUAUCCCUGGAUUCUCAGUGCUUCCGACGAUCAGACCAUUCGGAUCUGGAACUGGCAAAGCCGUACAUGCAUUUGCGUAGUAACUGGACACAAUCACUACGUGAUGUGCGCACAGUUUCAUCCCACGGAGGAUCUUAUCAUAUCGGCCUCGUUGGAUCAAACGAUUCGGAUCUGGGACAUAUCCGGAUUGCGCAAGAAAAAUGUGGCGCCCGGCCCGGGAGGUCUCGAGGAUCAUUUGAAGAAUCCGGGAGCGACCGAUUUAUUUGGUCAGGCUGACGCAGCGCUCAAGUACAUGCUCGAAGGUCACGACAGAGGCGUAAAUUGGGCCUGUUUCCACCCUACGCUGCCCCUAAUUCUAUCGGGAGCCGACGAUCGGCAAAUUAAACUCUGGCGAAUGAACGACGCCAAAGCGUGGGAGGUGGACACGUGCCGCGGACAUUACAACAAUGUGUCGUGCGUGUUAUUCCAUCCCAGACAAGAUCUCAUUCUCUCCAAUUCGGAGGACAAGAGCAUCCGCGUCUGGGAUAUGACCAAACGCACGUGUCUACACACAUUUAGAAGGGAACACGAGCGAUUCUGGGUUCUAGCUGCUCAUCCGACAUUGAAUCUUUUUGCUGCGGGUCAUGACUCGGGCAUGAUUAUUUUCAAGCUCGAGAGAGAACGUCCCGCUUACGCGGUGCACGGUAAUCUACUGUAUUACGUAAAGGAUCGUUUCCUUCGAAAGUUGGACUUUACCACGUCGAAGGACACGUCGGUGAUGCAGAUUCGCGGCAGCGGCAAAACUUCGCCGUACAGCAUGUCGUACAAUCAGGCGGAGAAUAGCGUGCUCAUAUGUACCAGAUCGGCCUCGAAUAUCGAGAACAGCACGUACGAUUUGUACAUGAUACCGCGCGAAGGUGAUUCGAACUCGGAUACCGCCGACACCAAGCGAGCGUCUGGCAUUACCGCCAUCUGGGUCGCAAGGAAUCGAUUUGCCGUAUUAGACAGAGGCUACUCGUUGGUUAUUAAGAAUUUGAAGAACGAAGUCACGAAGAAGGUACAGAUUCCGAAUUGCGACGGUAUCUUCUAUGCCGGAACCGGCAUGUUGCUUGUGCGCGACGCAGAAGGGGUCACGCUGUUCGACGUACAACAGAAGAGAACUCUGGCUGAAGUUAAAAUCGCUAAAUGCAGAUACGUUGAAUGGUCCAGCGACAUGUCCCAUGUUGCCUUACUGGCUAAGUUCAACGUCACUAUUUGCAAUCGUCGGUUAGAAUCUCUGUGUUCCAUACACGAGAACACCCGAGUGAAAUCUGGGGCCUGGGACGAUUCCGGUGUAUUCAUUUACACGACGAGCAAUCACAUCAAGUACGCGAUCAAGAACGGCGAUCACGGUAUCAUCCGCACGCUCGAUCUGCCGAUUUACGUCACAAAAGUGAAGGGCAAUCAAGUCUAUUGCUUGGAUCGUGAAUGCAGACCUAGAAUUCUUCGAAUAGAUCCGACGGAAUACAAGUUCAAGCUGGCGUUAAUUAAUAGAAAAUACGAAGAAGUUUUGCACAUGGUUCGCACGGCGAAUCUCGUCGGACAAUCAAUUAUCGCGUACUUACAGCAGAAAGGAUAUCCGGAAGUGGCGCUUCAUUUCGUGAAGGACGAGAAGACCAGAUUUGGCCUGGCGCUCGAGUGCGGGAACAUCGAAGUCGCGUUAGAAGCCGCGAGAACGCUCGAUCAGAAAUCGUGCUGGGAGAGUCUGGCGCAAACCGCUUUGUUGCAGGGCAAUCAUCAGGUUGUGGAAAUGUGCUACCAGAGAACCAAAAACUUCGAGAAACUGGCUUUCCUUUAUCUUAUAACCGGCAAUUUGGAUAAGCUACGUAAGAUGAUUAAAAUUGCUGAAAUUCGAAAAGAUGUAUCCGGACAGUAUCAAGGAAGUUUGUUGCUUGGCGACAUCUACGAACGAGCUAAGAUUUUACGGAACUCUGGUCAAGCAUCGUUGGCGUACGUUACCGAAAAAAUACACGGAAUAUCGAACGAAGAGGACGACUCUCAGUACGAGUCGAUGAGCGAGGAACUUUCUGAACUAGCGAACGGUGCCGUGUAUCUCCGUCCACCUGUGCCUAUACAACAAGCUGAGAACAAUUGGCCGCUUCUGACUGUCUCGAAAGGCUUCUUCGAAGGCGCUAUGAUGUCUCGCGGAAAGAGUCAGGUAGCUGCCGCUCUCGCUGUGGAAGACGACGGCCAGGCGACGCCCGAGGGAUGGGGCAACGACGAAGAGCUCGGCAUAGACGACGAAGAAGGCGGAGACACGGAAAUCGCGCCGGAAGGCGAAGAGAAUCCUGGAUGGGACGUCGAAGACGUCGAUCUUCCACCGGAACUCGAGGUUACAACGCCCAACGAAGAGGGCUAUUAUUCUCCACCUACGAAAGGACUUCCACCGACCCAGCAUUGGACCAACAAUUCCAAAAUGGUGGUCGAUCAUAUAUUAGCUGGCUCGUUUGAAUCUGCUUUUAGAUUGUUACACAAUCAGUUCGGAGUGGUGGAGUUCGGACCUUAUCAAUCUUUAUUUUUGAACACAUACGCUCGCUCUAGAACGUCCUAUUCCUGUCUCCCUAACGUACCGUCAUUAUACGGAUAUCCUCAAAGAAACUGGAAAGAUGUUAGCUCGAAAGACAGUCCAUCAAAAAGUGGCUUGCCCGCGAUAGGUUUGCAUCUUUCUGAUUUAGUUCAGCGUCUUCAAGUGUGUUAUCAAUUAACAACCAACGGCAAGUUCGCCAAAGCAAUAGAGAAGUUGCAGAGUAUUCUUCUGAGUGUACCGUUGCUCGUUGUUGACACCAAACAAGAGACCGCGGAAGCUCAACAGUUAAUUCAAAUUUGUCGCGAGUACAUCUUAGGUCUGAAAAUGGAGACCGUGCGUAAAAGUCUGCCGAGAAGUACGUUGGCCGAGCAGAAGAGGAUUUGCGAGAUGGCGGCGUACUUCACGCAUUGUAAUCUACAACCCGUACAUCAGAUCCUCACUCUUCAAGUAGCUGUGAAUUUGUUCUACAAAUUGAAGAACUACAAAACCGCCGGCUCGUUCGCGAGAAGAUUACUCGAGCUUGGACCGAAUCCUGAAACAGCACAAAAAAUUCGAGUCUUAUUGCAGUCCUGUGACAAGAACCCUGUCGACGAACAUAAAUUAGCAUAUGAUGAGCACAACCCGUUCUCGUUGUGCGCGAGCACGUUAACACCCAUUUACAAAGGAAAACCGGAAAUAAAGUGUCCCUUAUGUGGCGCAAGCUACAAUCCACAAUUCAAAGAUACUAUAUGCAUUAUAUGCGAGGUUGCUUCAGUAGGUAAAUAAGUUAUAUUAAACUUGUAUAUUAAAUGUAUUGUUAUCUAUUAGUUUUAUCAAAUUUUAUUUACAUUUUUGUGCGUUGGAUUUGAUAAACUUUUACAGAAAAGAGAUAAAUUAUAUCUGAAAUUUAAAAAGUAUAAUUUUUCUUACUUAAUUCACAGUGGACUGUAAGUUU